GAAGCUCGCGGUUGGGCCGGGUCGGGCCGGGUCGGGCCGGGCCGGGUCGGUCCCACAGAUGCCAUGGCAGCCACGUUCUUUGGAGAGGUGGUGAAAACGCCGUGCCGUGCGGGCGCGGAGGAUGAUGAUGAUGAGGAGGAGGAGGAGAGGAGGAGGGAGGCGCUCGAGGACCGGGAGGUGCGGCGGCAGCUGGCGCGGAAGAGAGAGGUGCGGCUUCUUCGAAGACAAACAAAAACAGCUCUGGAAGUUUCUCUGCUGGAAAAAUAUCCCUGCUCCAAGUUUAUAAUUGCUAUAGGAAAUAAUGCAGUAGCAUUUUUGUCAUCCUUUGUUAUGAAUUCAGGAGUCUGGGAGGAAGUUGGUUGUGCUAAACUCUGGAAUGAGUGGUGCAGAACAAUGGAUGCUGUACACAUGUGCCCCACAGAGGCCUACUGUGUGUUUUACCAUCUCAAAUCAAACCCUUCGGUUUUCCUCUGUCAGUGCAGUUGUUACGUUGCUGAAGAUCAGCAGUAUCAGUGGCUGGAAAAGGUUUUCGGCUCUUGUCCAAAGAAGAACAUGCAAGUCACUGUUCUCACAUGUCGACAUGUCACUGACUACAAAACCUCUGAAUCCACUGGCAGCCUGCCUUCUCCUUUCCUGAGAGCCCUGAAAACACAGAGCUUCAAAGACCCUGCGUGCUGUUCCCUGCUGGAGCAGCCGAAUAUCGUGCAUGACCUUCCUGCAGCAGUGCUGAGUUACUGUCAGGUAUGGCAGAUCCCCGCUAUCCUGUACCUGUGCUACACCGAUGUGAUGAAGCUGGACCUCCUGACGGCAGAAGCCUUCAAGCCUGUGCUUUCUUCCAGAAGCCUGAAAGGGCUGGCUAAGGACAUUGCCCACAGCUCAGAGACUCUGAAGAAGCUGACGACAGCACACGAAGUUCAGAGUAACAUUUACACGUGAGCCCAAGGGUGUCCUCUCAUGUCUGCCAGUGUCCAUUCCGCGAAGGGGCAGCAAGCACUGCUUUGUAGGUUACUUCGGUGGGUUGUGUUUUGAGGGUGAUAAAACAGAAUAAACUUUUAAAAAUUAUUAUUUCCA